CAUCUGUUUACUAGUAAAAGCUGACCUAAUCAGAAAGGUGUGGAUGCUAAUACGGGGGAGGAGAGGGAAGGGGGGACGUUUCUCUGGCUUCCCUCUCUCUCUCUCUUUCUCUCUCCCCACCCUCCCUCACGCUCUCUCCCUCUCUCCCACCCUCCCUUCUAAGGUUUUAAUCAUCAUUCAUUUGGAAAAGUGACACCACCGCUUCUGGAUGGACAAGGCAAACGGACAGAGGAUGGCAGAUGCAACACCGAUUACAUCUCCAGUGUCGACAGCGCGGCUUCGCAUCGACUCGCUUUUCAAUUGGAAAUUGUGACCUUACAAUUUCAACACAGAGAGAGAGAGAGAAACCCUACACACACACACACACACACACAGAUGUAUCAAUGAUCAACAGAGACACAGAGAGAGUGCGUGCGUGAAAGAAUCAUCCUCCAAUUUCUGGGGAUUUUAAGAUUGUCAAAAAAAAAUCUACAUCGGCAAAAAAAAAUUCAUCUGGCAAAAUCCUGCGACCGUGUGCUCACAAUAAAGGCUGCUUUUAAAAAAAAGAGACACACAAGAGAGACAAGACUAGCUAUAAACACGCUGGCUGAUGGCACAAAGGUAUGAUGAGCUGUCCCAUUAUGGGAUAGAUGGGGUGUCGAUGGCGAGUUAUGGAGAUUCACAUGCCUCUCGGAAUCUGGGUCACCAUCUGAACCACGGCCCCGGCAUUCAUGCACAACACUACCCGCCUGGAAGCGCAUCUCACCGGGCGCCGCUACCUGGGAGCUUGGGCAACAGCAUCAACGACGGCUUGAAGAGGGAAAAGGAUACCAUAUACGGACAUCCUCUGUUCCCUUUGCUGGCCUUGGUCUUUGAGAAGUGCGAACUAGCGACAUGUACUCCCAGGGACUGCGGGAUGGCAGGGGGAGACGUGUGCUCCUCAGAUUCAUUCAACGAAGACAUCGCCGUGUUUGCUAAACAGAUUCGAACAGAAAAACCUCUAUUUUCCUCCAAUCCGGAGCUGGAUAAUUUGAUGAUUCAAGCCAUCCAAGUGUUGCGGUUUCAUCUGUUGGAGUUGGAAAAGGUCCACGAAUUGUGUGAUAAUUUUUGCCACCGCUACAUCAGCUGCUUGAAGGGCAAGAUGCCUAUCGACCUGGUGAUAGAGGACCGCGAUGGAGGCUCAAAAUCUGACCUGGAGGAUUUCACCGGCUCCUGCACCAGCCUCUCCGAUCAGAACCACUGGACCCGAGACCAUGAUGACACGGGGUCCACCCAUUCGGGCACACCCGGGCCCUCCAGUGGGGGCCUCGCAUCGCACAGCGGGGACAACUGCAGUGAACAAGGUGAUGCGUUAGACAACAGCAUGGCAUCGCCCGGCACAGGCGACGAUGACGACUUGGACAAGGACAAGCGGCGUCAAAAAAAAAGGGGCAUUUUCCCCAAAGUGGCCACCAAUAUCAUGCGGGCCUGGCUCUUCCAGCACCUCACGCACCCGUACCCCUCCGAGGAACAGAAGAAACAGCUAGCGCAGGACACAGGCCUCACCAUCUUACAGGUGAACAACUGGUUCAUCAACGCAAGACGCCGAAUUGUCCAGCCAAUGAUCGACCAAUCAAAUCGAACAGUUGGUCAAGGAACGCCCUACAGCCCAGACGGUCAGCCAAUGGGAGGGUUUGUAAUGGACGGCCAACAGCACAUGGGCAUCCGGCCUCCAGGUUUGGCGGCAGUGCCAGGGGACUACGUGCCACAAGGGGGCGCGAUGGGACUGGGCCUCCAGCAGGCAGGGUACACCUCUCGACCGAUGGCACCCCACCCCACCCAGCUGCACCACGGAGCCUCGGCGCACCUGUACGUCCCCGGACACUCCCACCACCCAGCCAUGAUGACGCCGAGCAGGCCCCCCGCUCAUCCUGCGAUGUCAUCACCAAGCCCAUCCAUCCUGAAUCCCGGGGAGACCAUCCUCAGUGGGCAAGCCAUGGACAUCCAUGCCCAUUGAAGAGCAGCGAAACAGUCAGGGCAUUGGACAGAAGAGGAGAACACUUAAUAGGGUUCCUUGCCCCCUGGCAAAUCAGGGCACAUACUGGAAUUCAGGAGUGCUGUGUGUGUGUGAGACACUGUUUGAUCACUUUUACUGUAUUUCCCUUUCCUGUGGAUUUGAAUAAGGACCAAUUCUGGAUCAUCCUGACUAAAAUACCAUGAGACUUUUAUAUAUAUAUACAAUGAGACACUGAAAAAAAGGACAUUGCAGCCAUUUUUGACAAUGAAGGUUAAAUUAACUUGUACACAUUCUGUGAUUGCUUUCCUACAGAUUCUUUUCUUAAGUCAGAAAGCAAAGGAUCAAACUAUUUUCACGCUACCUUCGGAGAGAUGGCCUGGUGUUGGAAAUGCACAACAGAGGCCAGGGGUUGGAAGGUCACAGCAGGGUUAACAGAGAGAGGCGGGCAUUGGAGGGGGUGAAGGUGGCGAGAGGCAGCAGAUACAACACUGCCAAUUCCUAUAAGCCAAUCAUCAACCUCCUGCAGAUUUUAGGAACAGGAAAAAGCCAGCAAUCCCAAAAACAGACAUCAUUAAGCUGGAGAGGGUUCAGAAGACAUUUACCAGGACGUUACCAGGUAGGCAGGGUUGGAGUUAUAACGAAAGGCUGGGACUCAGAAAUCAUAGAGUCAUAGAGAUGCACAGCAUGGAAACAGACCCUACGGUCCAACCCUUCCAUGCCGACCAGAUAUCCCAACCCAAUCUACUCCCACCUGCCAGCACCCGGCCCAUAUCCCUCCAAACCCUUCCUAUUCA